GGGUCUGUCCCGCGGUGACGGCGGCGGCGGUGGCGGUGGCUGAAGCUGGGGCCGGGCCGGGCCGAAGACCGGGGACGCGGGCGGCGCAGUUGAGGCGAGCCGGAGCCCCGGGGAGCGUGAUCUGCUGCAUGUGAUGAAUUUAUCCACUCUCAGGGAAAGCUCCCCCAUGGCUUCCCAGCCCCCCCGAGAGAUGGAGGAAGAGCUGCUGCCGCCGGCUGGCCCGGAGCCAGGGGACUCAAGGGCCAAACCCCCAGUUAAACCUAAGCCCAAGCCUGAGCCCCGGACGCUGCCUGCCAAGCCAGCUCUGCCAGCCAAACCCAGCCUGCUGGUGCCAGUGGGGCCAAGACCCCCUCGAGGUCCCUUGGCUGAGCUGCCUUCUGCCAGGAAAAUGAACAUGCUGGCAGGACCACAGCCCUACGGUGGCAGCAAGCGCCCCUUGGCCUUCUCUCCUCGGCCAGCCCCCGAUACACCAUCUGCUGGAGCUAGCCCUAGGGAGGCUAGCAAGGAUGAGGGGCCCCUGGCCACCCCUCCACCCCGAUGCUCAGUCCCAGCUGGGGUCCGGAAGGCUCCCGCUCCUUUCCGCCCAUUGUCUGAUCGAUUCUCUACCAGCACCGUGGAAGAGAUCUUAGCCAAGAUGGAGCAGCCCCGAAAAGAGGGCCCCUCUAGCCCUGAUCGCUUUUGGGGCUCCCGCCUCACCUUUAGCCACGAUGGUAGCUCCCACUAUGGUCCAAGGGCCUAUGGCCCGUUGCAGAGCCCCGGGGAUGAGGAAACAUUGACGCGGAGCAUCUCCAGGGAUCUGUCCCAAGAAGAACAGGCAAAGUCUGAGGAGGGGCAGGAAGAAGGGGGCGAGAGUUCAGCUGGGCAGUGUCCUGCAGAACCCCAAGACAACCAGCCUGAAGUAUCUGGCAGAAUGCUCGAGGAGAGGCUCAUCUCCUCUGACCUGACAGCCAACGGAGACCUGGCACCCGACGGAGACCUGGCAAGCACGGUGUUACCCCAUGAAGUUUCCGAGUCUUCAGCCCAUCCACACCAUGUUCCUUCUCCAGCCCCACCUAGUCCCAUGCCUCAUGAUCACUCCCCUAGCCCUGUGAGGGCUCCAGGAUCUCAGAGCCCAGCCCCCUCUGCCGAGGGACUCAUCACAUCCCAGAGCCCAGCGCUCCCCACAGAGAAGUCAUCUGAACCCCUGAAAUCAUUCAGCCCAUCCCUCCCAUCAGGGGAGGGCCCUGGGUCCCCCAGCUUAGGCCUCUCCCCUGAGAAGACUUGUACUACCCCAGAGGCCCCAGGGUCCCCCAGUCCAGAGCAUUCCCAGGUUACCUCUCCCCAGAUUUCACUUUCAGGGGGCCAGUUUUUAGAACACUCUAGAACAUUUCCCCUGGAGAAAAAGGAGGAGGAGGGUAGAGAGUUAAGCCUUCGGCUCCCGCACCUAGAACAACGCCGCUUCUCAGAAGGUGUGCUUCAGCCCCCCAACCAAGAUCAGAGGAAACUAGGGGGGUCUCUGGCUGCCUUGCCUCAGGGCCAGGGAGGAAGAGGUGGCUUGGAGCAAUCCUUUGGGAGUGGGACAGGGUCCAACUGGAGCUUGUCACAGUCCUUUGAGUGGACCUUCCCCACUCGGCCUUCAGGUCUGGGUGUGUGGCGCCUAGAGUCCCCACCGCCCUCACCCAUCACUGAAGCUGAUGACUCUGGUCUGUCUGAGGGAGAGGGGGAAGAGGCUGAUGGGGAUCGGAGCUCCAGGCCAAUCAGGGCUACACCUCGAGCUCAGAGGGAGAGCGUUCACUGUGGGGUCCCCCAGAACCAACAGAUAGAUGACAGAAAUCCAGUUUCCUCCAAUCCCCCAUCAGAUCUUCAGCCCAAAGGCCAGGAUUCACCAAGACUGUCACUGCUCCAAGCAGAAGAAGUAGCAGGAACGGAGGAACCGCUGGCUGGACUGGAGACUCCCCUCCCUCCCACUCCAGAGGAGGAGGCAGCCUUGCCCAUCCUGGAGCCUGUUCGAGAGCAGGAGCCCCCCCUUCCCCUAGCUCAGCCCUGUAUCUUGUUUGCCGAUGUCCCUGUCCCUGAGCAGGCUACACCCUCCAAGGAAGAUGCCCCAGACCUGGCAAAAGCAGAGACCACCCUGACUAGGCCUGAGGGAGGGGACCCUCCAAGAAUGUCACCUGAGCUGAGGGCCCCUGAAAAUGAUGCUGGCUGGCUAGACAAGCUCCUGGCCUCACCACCUCCCAGUGCCAAUGGUCCCCGGAAAGCAACUGUACCUGACCAGUGUGAGACUCAGAUACCCAGUGCCAGCCCUGAGGGGCUCCUGGGAUGGUCUCAGAAAGAUCUGAAAAGUGAAUUUGGAAUUGGUGUAGACUCACACCCUGGCACCUUCAGCCCCUCUUCCACCUGGGCCAGAGAGGGCACCAGGGGCUAUGGCAUUGGGGUCUCAGGUUCCAGUGAGAGAGAUUGGGUCAUUGAUGAUGGCCGCGUAGGGGCAGCACGGAGCCACCGAGAAUGGAGCAACACCUAUGGCAUUGGCCAGCCAGGGUUGGAGGAGCAGUUUGAUACCAGCAGUGGAGACCAGACCAAGGAGCAUGUCUUAGGUGGGGAUAUUAUGGCCCAGGAAUUUGGAAAGACAGAUCAGCUUGGGACUUACAGUGGCCAAGGUGCUGACUUACAGCACCAAGAAUUUGGGAAGAGAGACUCACUUGGGACGUACAGUAGCCAGGAUGCUGAGUUACAAGACCGGGAAUUUGGGAAGAGAGACUCACUUGGGACAUACAGUAGCCAGGAUGCCGAGUUACAAGACCGGGAAUUUGGGAAGAGAGACUCACUUGGGACUUACAGUAGCCAGGAUGCCGAGUUACAAGACCGGGAAUUUGGGAAGAGAGACUCGCUUGGGACUUACAGUAGCCAGGAUGCCGAUUUAUGUGCUCGGGAAUUUGAAAAGAGGAACUGGAUGAGUGAAUAUGGCGGCAGCAGCAAGAAAGAUAUUGAUUGCCUGGAAAGAGCCUUUGGAGAGAGAGACCUGAGUGAUGUGUUCAGUGUGGGACAUUCAGAGCAUCAGGAUAAAGAGUUUAGGAAGAAAGAUCAAAGAGACAGCUAUUGCCCUAGAGAAGCAAACAGGGAGGAGAGGUUGGAGAAAGAGCCAGAGGGCUUCUAUGGCCCUAGUGCUUGCAAUUUACAGGACCGAGAGCCUGCGGAGAGAGAUUUGAGCAACUGGCCUAAGAGCAAUGACUCUAACCAUCAAGGAGAAUUUGGGAAGAAAGACCAAGCUGGGACUCACAGGAGCAAUGAUGUCGACCGCCAGCCCAGGGAAUUUGGGAAAAAAGACUGGCCUAGUGAAUUUGACCAACAAGACAUGAGUCAGAUGGAGAGGGAACUCAGUCUAGGGAGACGAGAUUGGACCAGUGACUUCCGAAUUGAAGGCACAGACAAGAGUGACCAAUUUGGUAUCAUUGGGACUGAUCGAGGUAGCUGCUCAGGCCUGGGCAUUCUUAGUGGCUCAGAUACGAUGGGAAGCACCAACUUUGUGUCACCGGGGAAGAUUAUGAUGGGACAGACACAAUGGACUGAUGAUCUGGGCCUCAGGAACUUGAAUGUAUCUGGUUGUGUAGGAUCAGAAGGGUUGAGUGAGGCCCGAGAGCAUGGAGUUGGACAGACUGAUUGGUCCUCUGACCUGGGCUUGAGAAACAUGAGUAUGCCCAGUGGCUUAGGGGAUGGAGGGCCUGGGGAAUCUAGGGAGCUUGGAGUAGGACAGAAAGACUGGACCCCAGAUCUUGGCCUGAGGAACAUAGAUGUCUCAGACGUCAUAGAGUCAGCAGGGCUGACUAGUGAGGCUAGAGAGUGUGGGGUAGGACAGACGGACUGGGUUCACAGCCUUGGGAUGAGGAAUGUAGAUGCACCCAACAAUAUGGAACCUGGAGAUCCUCUGUUGUCAAGGGAGCACGGAGUAGGACAGGCAGACUGGACACCUGACGUCAAGCUGAGAAACACAGACCUGGGGACAGGAGGCAGCCUCAGAGAGCACGGUGUAGGACAAAUGGACUGGACCCAUGAUCUGGGGUUGAGGAAUACGAAUCUAUCAAGUCCCCUGGAGUCUAGGGGUUCUGGUGAGGCACGAGAAUGUGGAGUUGGACAGAUGGACUGGAAGAAUGAUUUGGGGCUCCGGGACACUGAUUUUUCAGGUGGCUCGGAUCUCAGAGGUCCAAGUAAAGCCCGAGAGCAUGGGGUUGGCCAGGUGGACUGGUCUCAGGAUGUGGACCUCACAAGCCCUAGCUUAUCCAGUAGCCUCGAGGCUGGAGAGCUUUCAGAAGCCCGAGAGCUGGGAGUCGGAGAGGUGAGCCGGCCUGGCAUUUUGGAGAGCCAGUAUGGCAGUGACUCCUCACAGCCCUCAGAGAAUAGUGUGUCUGACAUCGGGAUGGACUCGAGAGAAACCACAAACUCAGGAACCAGCCCCAGUGGGUGCCUUGCCCGGUCUCCACCUUCUGGCUCUCAGGGCCUGUUGCAAGACAUGUUGGCUACCAGCAAUCUCAGAGCAUCUGUUGGCAGAGAGAAGGUGACCUCAGGCCCCAGGGGCCAGUUGGAAGAAGAGGAGGAAGAGGAAACAAUCGCAGAUGAUGAAGAGGAGGAGCCAGAGCUCAGAGUGGACCCCCUGCCUUCUUGCCGGCCCCAGCCUGAUGGCGAGGCCAGUCGGACAGAGGAGAUGGACGGCAGCUGGGCCUCCCAGGGGGACGGCCCAGCUGCCCCGAGGCUGCUCCCAAGCCCUCCCUCCGAGUUGUCUAGCCAGGACUUCUCCUUUAUAGAGGACACAGAAGUUCUAGACAGUGCCAUGUAUCGGAGCCGUGCCAAUUUGGGUCGCAAGCGUGGGCACCGAGCCCCAGCCAUCCGGCCUGGGGGUACCUUGGGGCUCUCAGAGGCUGAUAAUGAUGCCUGGAUCUUCCAGGAUUCCACAGAGCCGCGGGCAUCUCGGGUGCCAUCUUCAGACGAGGAGGUGGUAGAGGAGCCACAGAGCCGCCGAACACGGAUGUCCCUGGGAACCAAAGGCCUGAAAGUCAACCUGUUUCCUGGCUUGAGCCCUUCUGCUCUCAAGGCUAAGCUGCGUCCCCGAAACCGUUCAGCUGAGGACGGGGAGCCGGUGGAGAGCAAGUCAGCCCAGAAGGAAUCUGCCGUCCAGCGCUCCAAAUCCUGCAAGGUUCCCGGCCUCGGGAAGCCCCUUGCAUUACCUCCCAAGCCAGAGAAAUCCUCAGGGUCUGAAGGUUCAUCGCCCACUUGGCUACAAGCAUUGAAGCUGAAAAAGAAGAGGGUCUGAGGUGACACUUCAGAGGUGGUUCCUGUCGGUCCUCAGAAGCAGCCCAACCCUGUGAGGCCCUGGACCAGGGAGGAGGGCUGGAGCCUGGGCUGUGGCCCCGCCCCCCAUUCUAGCCUCCUCCCCCACCCUGCCCCCAGGCACAUUUAUGCACUUUGUAUCCCCACCCCUCCCCCACCCCCUUGGGAUGCAGUCCUUAGAGGUGUUGGCCCCACCCUCCCUCAGGCCCUCUCCCCCCCACCCACCUUUGGGUUUUCUUUUGAUACCACUUUAUAACAUUUUGAUAAAAGCCUCUGAUUUUUGUAAUGGGCGGUGGGCCGCCCCCUCUCUGCCCCCCAGGAGCCCUGUGGAGACCAAGGACGUUUUGUCACUUGAAACAAUAAAGUUUUUUUGGGGAUCGGU